GAGAGAAGGAUAAAUUCCUCUGGCCUGUGUGUGCGAAGUAGCGCGGAGCUUCACUUACCACUGAACAAGGGAAAGAGAAAGGAAUGGAGUUGGCUUUCCGUUCACCCUUGAACCCACCGUCACCGUCACCGUCUACUGCUACUAGAAGGCCCAAUUACCCAGUUAGGCCCUUCAGAUCAACCACCAGGAAGUUCUCAUUGCUAUCUGCUCAGGCAUAUGAUUAUGAGUUAGAGAACAAGAAGCAUCAGCUUUUGACCUCUGUCCAAGACACACAGAGGGGCCUCCUCGUCACCACCGAUCAACGCUGUUGCAUAGAGGAGGCUCUGGUGAACGUUGAAGCCUUCAACAUGGCUCACCCAAUCGAUUUCGCCAAGUUGGAUGGCACGUGGCGCCUUCAGUAUACUUCUGCUUCUGAUGUUCUCAUUCUCCUCCAAGCUGCUUCUACUCUUCCUUUCUUUCAAGUUGGACAGAUCUUUCAGAAAUUUGAAUGUCGUGAUCAAACUAAUGGAGGUAUUAUCCGCAAUGUUGUCCGAUGGAGUAUUCCAAAUUUGUUAGAGGAACAAGAAGGUGCUACACUGCUUGUAUCUGCCAAGUUUACUGUUGUAUCUGUCCGUAAUAUCUACCUUCAGUUUCAAGAGAUCACAGUUCAAGAUAUAAAUAUUAGUGAAGAGCUGCAGGCUCUAAUAGCUCCAGCAAUACUGCCACGAUCUUUUUUAAGUCUUCAGAUCUUGCAAUUUCUCCGCUCUUUUAAAGCUCAAAUCCCUGUGAGGGAUCCGGGAAGGGAAUCAGUAGGAGGACUAUAUUACCUUAGUUAUUUGGAUGAUAAUAUGCUUUUGGGACGUGCUGUUGGUGGAGGAGGGGUAUUUGUGUUUACAAAAGCCCAAUCUCUCUACUGAUGGGCAUUGACAGCAGUAGUUAUUUAUAACUAGUACUGUUUUCCAGUAGUAACACCUGGUGAGCCUUCGUUUAUUGAAGUGGCCCCAUGAGAGAAAGAAUUGAUUAGAGGCUUAUAUGACCAAAGAAAUUCGCCUCGUUGGAAAAGGCAUUAUAUGCAAUUGUUGUGUUGGGAUUUUAUUUGAACUGCUUUUUUGUUUAUAUAGAUUUGCAUUGUAUCUAUUAAUUUCAUUAUUUAUUGUCAAAGUAAGGAGAUGGUUGUUAGGACCAGAGUACUAGUAUAAUAAUACACAACUAAAAUAAGAG